AUGGCUUACGUUCUCCACAGAGCUAGUGGGCUGUGGAAACAUAUACUCCAAAGGCAGAACCCACUCAGUGGUCAGCGAAGGCUUUUUGAGGACACCCGUGGUGCCCUCGGGCGCGUUAGCGGCACUCCCGACGAGCACCGGUCUCGGCGGUUGCGCAUCUACCGACCUGCUCGUUCCGCAACGCAGCAAGGGCGAGGAUCCCGGACGCAGCUCUGGAAAGCAGAGUUCGAGGUUCAGGACGGUUUCGGGCGCUGGACAAACCCGCUCAUGGGUUGGUACAGCAGCGGUGAUCCGCUCUCGCAAACAACGCUCACUUUUUCCUCGAAAGAGGCAGCUAUUCAGUACGCUGAAAAAUAUGGUUUUCAGUACGUCGUCUAUGAUCCACACGAGGAACCGCUUCACGAACGCAAAAUAGCGCCCUUUACUCGUUCUAUGGUGCACCAUUGGCGCCACGAGGGCAUACCCCGCUACAGUACGUGGAACGAGCCUACCGAGGAGACCGAAUGCUCUUCGCAACAUUCGCCUUCAAACAAGCCCUGA